AAUCACACUUCCACGUCUCCGUUGUGUCGCGGCGCAAUGUUGGCUAGCCCCGCUUACCAGAAGCAGUGCCUCACUGCACCUGUCCAGCCAUCCAUUGUUUGGGGCUGUGGAUUUUCUGUCAUCAAUGUCCUUCAAGGCGCUCCCUUUUCGCCAGCGCUGGUGGCCUUGAACUGUGGACUUCUUUAUGCCUAUCAUGCCCUGCAGUGUCCCAUGGAGGCCCUCCAUGGCCGAAGAUCCCUGCUGCACAAUGUGGCAGCUGGAGGGCUCAUUGGUGCCUGGGGGGUUCAGCAAGGCCUCUUGGGCGUUCCGUUUGCUAGCCCAGUCUUCUUUCUACGCUAUCGGCAAGUGCCAGGUCCCUAGGCGCCUCCAAGGCCUUUUUGGCAUUGAUCAGUUCACUACUCGGACUUCGUCCGGCUCUGUGGUCGUGGGUUGAUGGGGCAUAUUGGGUCUAUGAUGGUCUAUGAGUCUAUGUGAAGAGGGGAUCCCCAAAGGGACGCUUUUGAUGCAGAUCUAAAGCGAUGCUUUUUGGGCACAAGAUGUCAUAGCUCCAAGCCUUUUGUGACAUGUAUAUAUAUAUAUAAUUAAAGCUGAUCAGCCAUGCUAGUUGCCGGUUGGGACAAGAAGAAGGGACGUGAAGGGAUGCCUCGGUUCAAGACAAGUUUGCAGACAGCCACCUUGAGCAGCCACCUUGAGCAGCCUGGCCACAAGGACUCCUACCAUGGCUGCCUUCUUCGUGUAUGGUGCUGGUGCAGGGGUCUUGUCCAGCAUUUUGGGCGGCAAAGGCUGGUGAGAUCAAAGCUUGCGAGCAGGCACGACGCCGCGAGUGGCCUGGAACAGAGAAGCAGCUUCGCACGGAACAGAGAAGGUCGCACCGUGGCACCCUGGGAAG